AUGAAGUCUGUAUUGCCAGAUGCCGUGCGCGAGACGGCCAACACGGGCAUGACGGUCUUGGGAACGCCGAUUGGCCGUCGCGAGUGGAUGAAGAAGCAGCUGAACGACAAGGCAAAGCACAUUGCUGGCAAGCUCAAUGACAUGCUGACGACCGGUGUCUCGCUUCAGGCCCUCCUCACGGCCAUGCAGUACGUGCCUAGCCUCAUCAACCACCUCUACACGCUGCCCCCAAGUCUGACGUCGGGCUUGUCCGAGCUCUUGAACCGUGCUUGCAAGGACACCUUUGUCAAAGCCUUUUUUGCCAAG